UCACCACUGAUGGUUGGACCUCUAGGUCACAGGAUCCAUACAUGACUCUUACGCUUCACUAUAUCAAUAGUCAGUUUGAACUGAAAAAAUAUGUUCUCAACUUUGACAAUUUCGUGGGAAGACACACUGGUUACCACAUUAGCAAAGCUCUGGAAGAAAUGAUUCAAAAAUAUCCGGUAUUGGACGCCGUGCCCAAGAAAGUCAUUGUCCACGAUGCGGCGGCAAACAUGAAACAUGCUGUGUCAAUCAUGAACAAAACAAAAUAUGAAUCACUGUUGUGUGCAGACCACCUACUAAACACUAGCCUACUACAUGCUACCAAUGAAGUGCAAGAAGUCAAAGAAUGCAUAGAUAUUGCCACACAACUAUCUAGCAUAGUCCACAGAUCCACCUUAGCUUGUCAAUUUAUUGAAAAAGAGUGUAUGUUGCUCCGUGUAAACUAUGUUAAAAUCAUUGCUCCGGUAAAAACCAGGUGGAAUUCUAACUGUUUUAUGCUGGAGUCAAUCCUUAAACUUAAAGAUGUGUUGAUUUCUCUUAGAGAAAAAGAUGCACUAAAUAACAACCCACUACAGAACGUUAUUCCAAGUGACAACCAAUUUUCACUGAUGGCUUCACUGAUGCCAGUCUUAAAAAAAAUGAAGAUUAUGUCAGAUUGCAUGUCCAAGGACACUGAAACAGUGCUUCAUCAUAUGCUAACUAUGCUUUAUAAAACUGACAAUUUUCUUCAUGACCACAUUGAUAUGGAAAACAGAGAAAUAGUUAAUGCUUUUUGUAAAAAACUAAGUGAGCAUUUACACCUAACCACGCGAUUCAAUGAACAUAGAAGAUACAACCAACACUAUGCCUUGGAAACCUUCUUCAUCCGUACUUUAGAGGUUAUAAGUUUUAUUUCUUGGAUAUAUGCUUAGACAUUACGGUAUCUUCGAAGAGUUCACCAGAAAAGUCAUCAACGAUCAUCCAUCGUCGGACGCUGUUUCGAUCAGUGAAAAAAAUAAUCAUAAAGCUACACAAGUUAAAAUGCCAGUUGGUGUGGAUGAGUGCGACGAUUUACAAAAUAUAGAGAUUGAACAGGGUAAUAAUAACCACACCAUUAGUCAAAAUGUACCGAAAAUUGAAAGGGAGUUUGAAUCUUUCCACGCUAUGCCUCGUGUUGAAGAAAAGCAUAAAGUUGAUGUGCUGAAAUGGUGGAAGAAACAUGCCUCUACUUUGCCAUUGUUAGCACAAUUGGCAAGAAAUUUGCUCUGCAUUCCAGCUGCAUCAAGCUGUAGUGAGAGAGUGUUCAGCGCCAGCGGUGGAAUUAUAAAUGAUAAAAGACACAGUCUUUCCACUCAGACAGCAAAGCAAUUGACUUUGAUUAAAGUCAAUUAUGAUCUUGUCUGUCCUCACAUGACCUUGAAAAUUAUAAGCGACGCUGAAGAAGCCCUGGACCCCCCAGCAUUAACUCCAGUUAGAACACCUCCCAAAAAUCCUAUUCCUAAAGCAGUUUUUUCAAAUAACCAAAAAAGGUUAUUGUUCAAAACAAAAAACGUUUCAACAACGCCAUUAUGUUCUUCUUCUUUACCAUUAAC